CCUUUUAAAAUUAUGGACAGUCUUGAAGCACCCCAUUUUAGAAUGGGGUGCCUCAAGAUUGUCCAUAAUUUUCAAGGGUGCCUCAAGACUGUCCAUAAUUUUAAAGGGUACCACGGGACUGUCCAUAAUUUUAAAGGGUGCCUCAAGACUGUCCAUAAUUUUAAAGGGUGUCUUGGGACUGUCCAUAAUUUUCAAGGGUGCCUCGGGACUGUCCAUAAUUUUAAAGGGUGCCUUUUGAUGUUGAAUUUCUAGACAGCAGCUGUCACAUUGGAAAGGUCCAAUCGUAAUGGAGGUGAUGGGUGGGUUCAGUCCUUAUUCUCUAAGUGGUGUAUGCAUUGUGUAUAGU